AAUGUUGAUAGAAGGUUCUUUCUGUGCACCUGCACUUCUCUAUUGGAUGGCGCUGGAUGUGGUUGCCUUUUGUGGCUCUUGGUUGCAAUACAGUUCUCUUGUUGAAAUGACCUCCCUCUAACUGAUGCCUCCGCCCUAGGCUCAUCAAUGGCUACCAAAGCCAAUGGACACCUUGUGGAACACAGUGUGGCAUUUCACCCAUGGCCUUCAUGAAAUGUGCCCUUUUGCAUUUUAUGAUCCAAGGCUCUUGUAGUUUCCCCCCCCAUCUUUUUAGUGUUGUUCUCAGUCCCCCUCAUGGGCUCUCCAGGUUUUCCUGUAUCUUUUCUAAGUUCUCCAUUGUGAUUGCCACCUAUAGUCUCUAUCUUUAGUGAGAUAGAUGUCUCUCCCAUUCCAAGUUCUCCAUUGUAAUUGCCACCCGUGUUCUCUAUCUUCAGUGAGAUAGAUGUCUCUUCCCAGCCCCGAGUCCUUGUUUCUUUGGACUUCAUAGGCAGACAUCUUCACCUGAAUAACCCAUACCCAUCUUAAACUAGUAAAUAAAAAUGGAAUGCAUGAUCAUAUCUCCGUCUCCCAUCCUCGCCUCUAUACCUGUUCUCCAUUUAGCAAAUGGCACCUCCAUACACCUGCCCAAGUGAGAAGCCUGGGGGUCAUCCUUGACCCUCUCCUUUCCCUCGCCUCUCACCCGGUUGGUCUCCAAUCCCUGGGAUGAGUCUAUCUCCUAAAUAUCUCUUGUAUCCCUGUUACCUUCUUCACCUGCCAGGCCACCAGGAUCAUUCACUCCUCGCCAUCUCCUUCGUAGAGCAUUGAAAUGGUUGCUGAAAUUGUCUCCCUGUUUCCCCCCUUGCCCACUCCCAUUUGUUUCCCACCUCCCUCUUAGAGCUCUUUUAAGAAAUACAGAUUACGGUUCCUGCCUCACAAUGCAAAGGUCAACGGUGACGCCAUCUGGGGCGCGCUUGGAAUCCAGCAGGCGGUUGUUGCCGCGUCUUCCGCAACCUCCGCGGCCUGGAGCUGGCCUCCCACGCGGCCGCCCCAACCACCGCCGCCGCCGCCGCCAUCACCGCCACCGUCACCUCCGCUGCUGCCUCCUUGGGGCCCUCCUCCUUCACUGCCCCCUUAGCCACCUCUACACACUCUGGGCCUUCUGUCCGGGAGAAGAAGCUGUAAUCGUCUUCCUGUGGGCCCGGGGCGUAGUCAUGGCGGACGGCGGCGGCGGCAGCGGCGGUGCGGGCCAGGCCUCUGCCUGGGCGGCCACUGGCGCAACCCGGGGCCGCGGGGGUGGCGGUCCCAUCAACCCGGCCUCGUUGCCCCCUGGCGACCCUCAGCUCAUCGCUCUCAUCUUGGAGCAGCUCAAGAGCCGGGGCCUUUUUGACAGCUUCCGCCGGGACUGCCAGGCCGACGUGGACACCAAGCCAGCAUACCACAACCUGAGCCAGAAAGCGGAUAAUUUUGUGUCAGCACAUCUGGACAAGCAGGAAUGGAAUCCUUCAGUGAACGAAAACCGACUGCGCCAUGGUCUGAGGCAGAGUGUGGUUCAGCCAGAGAGGUCGGAAGCUGGAGUAGACAGGAUUAUUUCUCAGGUGGUGAAUCCAAAACUAAACCACAUCUUCAGGCCACACAUAGAACAAGCAAUUCGUGAAUUCCUGGUGGCCCAGAAAGAAGCGGCUGUACUGGUACUCCCUGCAGAGCUGGAAGGCCUGGACCCUCCAGCUCCGUCUCAGGACACUUCCUAAGAAUAUGGCUGACAACUUUUGAAAGCGCUAUUUAAUUUUGGGUGAAGAAAUGGAUUCGGUUACAUAAGAGUGCAAUUUCAGACCAAAGAUAGGCCAAGGUCAUCACUGAGCUCAAGAUUUCCACCUACACCAUGAGCAGUGACCAGAUUGAAAGGGAAGCAAGUUCGGCAGAGAGAGAGUUGACCCUAUCGCCCCCUGCAUUACGCUGCCAUUUGGCCAGCCUUCCAAGGGCGUGACACCAAGCACACACUACAGAGAGGGAAACACUACAGCAACUCAGGGUUGUCCUGAAACAGACAUCUAUACUUGGACAUUGAGACUGCACACAGACUUUAGGGUUUGUGCUCUGGGAUAAACGAAAGCUACAGCGAGAGGACAUAAUCAAUCCUAAAGACAGUUUCAAAGAACAAUGACAGUCAAGGUUAACUGGGAGUAGUAUUUGACAGUACUUAUUUGAUAUGGUCUCUCAGAGUUGCAAACUAGAUUGUACACAACAUUAGCGUCAAAUAGCUUUAAAGUUGUGAUCUUCUUGUACAUGAAUCUUCUAGCCAGUUUCCUUUCCUUUGUAAGAGGUAACAAAACAUGAAACCCUAGAAUGAGUGAGAAGUUCAGACAUUAGGUAUAAGGAAACUCAUUUGCAGACUCUCUGUCCAAGGCUGCUUCCUGUCUUGCAGGGGCUAGUGAGUCUUGAGUGUGUUUAUGUUAUUCUCACAUUUGUGUUUUUUUAGAAAAGUGGAUGGUCAAUAAAUUGCUUAUCUUUCAACAGCAA